AAUUAUUAUUAUUAUUAUUAUUGUCUUUCUUUUUCUUUGUAACUCUCCCUCCAUAUUCACUUCCCAAUACAGAAAAGAAAACCCACCUCACACAUACACUCGCAGAGUAAACAUUCCUCAGAUCUUUUUUUUUUUAUUUUUUAAAAUUUUAAGAUUUUAUUUUUGUAUUAAUAAAUAAAAGAACGCUCAACCACCAGCCAUAAAACAAACCAAAACAAAAAGAAACAAAAUUCAAUGCUCUCUUCUUCUUCUUCCUCAUGCCAAACCCAACUUUCCAUUAUGUUUACCCAGAAAAGCUCUCCUUUUCUCCAUAAAUUCCAUUUCUGCCCCUACUAUUUCCGUUUCAAUACUAUUAACACUAAUCAUUCCUACAAGUUCCGUUGCCUUCUCGACCAAAUCCCUCCUAAAUUUGCCCUUUCCUCCUCUCUAUCUUCUGUUUUUACCACCGGUAACAUCAUCGCCGCUGCCGCCGCUGCCUCCGGUUCCGCCUCCGUCCAUGGCGCUGUCACUUCCGCUAUCACUCAUGUCGCUGUCACUGCUGUCGCUAUUGCCUCCGGUGCUUGCCUCUCCACUAAGGUUGAUUUUUUAUGGCCUAAAGUCGUCGAACAACCAGGUUGUUUUGUACUGGAUGGAGUCGAUGUGACCGGAUGUACUAUUUUUAGUGAUGGAAAGGUGCAAAAGGCUAUUGCUUUUGCUAAAAGAGCUCAUCAUGGCCAGUUUAGGAAAACUGGAGAACCUUAUUUGUCUCAUUGUAUUCAUACUGGAAGAAUUCUAGCAAUGCUUGUUCCUUCAGCUGGCAAAAGAGCUGUUGAUACUGUUGUGGCCGGGAUUCUUCAUGAUGUGGUAGAUGAUACACAAGAAAGUUUACAAAGUAUAGAAGAAGAGUUUGGUGAAGAUGUAGCCAAGUUGGUAGCUGGCGUUUCCAGAUUAAGUUAUAUAAAUCAGCUGCUGCGGAGACAUCGCAGGGUGACUGUGAACCAGAGUUCGCUUGGUCAGGAAGAGGCAAAUAAUCUUCGAGUUAUGCUUUUGGGCAUGGUUGAUGAUCCUCGUGUGGUGCUCAUCAAGCUUGCAGAUCGCCUUCACAACAUGAGGACCAUUUAUGCUCUGCCACCUUUGAAGGCUCAAGCUGUUGCACAGGAAACCUUACAUAUUUGGUGCUCGCUUGCUUCCAGAUUGGGUCUGUGGGCGUUGAAAGCUGAAUUAGAAGAUCUAUGUUUUGCUGUGCUUCAGCCUCAAUUGUUUCGAGAUAUGCGGGCUGAUUUGGCUUCCAUGUGGAGCUCUAGCAGCAGAGCAGGAUGUCCAAGAAGAAUAUCUAAUAGAUUCAGCUUGCUGCCUUUGGAUGAGAAUAGUUUGACUCCUGAUGAUGAUGUCUUAACAAGGAAGGAUCUUUUGGAAGCUGUUGUGCCUUUUGAUAUCUUGCUGGAUCGUAAAAAAGGAACCAUUUUUCUAAAUAGUCUUAGGAAAACAUCAGAUGCUCAAAGACGACCAAAGGUUGUUCAAGAUGCUGGAAUUGCUCUAGCAUCUCUUAUUGCUUGUGAGGAAGCACUUGAGAGGGAGCUACUUAUAUCUACUUCUUAUGUUCCAGGAAUGGAAGUGACUUUAUCUAGUCGACUUAAGAGCUUGUAUAGUAUGUACACCAAGAUGAAACGGAAAGAUGUUGGCAUUGAUAAAGUAUAUGAUGCCCGUGCAUUGAGGGUAGUUGUUGGAGACAAGAAUGGAGCUUUACAUGGACCUGCAAUUCAGUGUUGUUACAGUCUUCUCGAUAUAGUGCAUAGGCUGUGGACUCCCAUUGAUGGUGAAUUUGAUGACUACAUUGUUAACCCAAAGCCCAGUGGAUAUCAGUCUCUGCACACAGCAGUACAAGGUCCUGAUAAUGCAUCUUUGGAAGUCCAGAUAAGAACACAGAAAAUGCACGAGUAUGCGGAGCAUGGACUUGCAGCACACUGGCUUUACAAAGAAACUGGAAAUAAGUUGCCUUCCAUAAGCAGCAUGGAUGAAUCUGAAACAGAGGCAUCUUCUUGUCUGUCCAAAGAUUUUGAGGAUCAUAAUUCCAUAGGAGAGGAUCAGUUUCAAAAAUACAGAUCCCUGAAAGUGGGACAUCCUGUCCUUAGAGUUCAAGGAAGUCACUUACUUGCUGCUGUUAUAAUCAGAGUAGAUAAGGAUGGACGAGAAUUGCUAGUCGCUGUGGGCUUUGGACUGGCAGCUUCUGAGGCAGUAGCUGACAGAAGAUCUUCUUUCCCAAGAAAGCGGUGGGAGGCUUAUGCCAGAUUGUACAAAAAGGUAUCAGAUGAAUGGUGGUGUGAACCGGGACAUGGGGAUUGGUGUACUUGCCUUGAGAAGUACACACUUUGCCGAGAUGGUAUGUACCAUAAGCAAGAUCAAUUUGAGCGCCUGUUACCAACCUUUAUUCAGGUUAUUGACCUAACAGAGCAAGAAGAAUCUGAAUAUUGGGCUGUUGUAUCUGCUGUUUUUGAAGGCAAACCUGUUGAUUCUGUUGCAUCUAGGCCAAAUUUAGAUUCUGCUGCUUCCAAUCCUAUUGAUGCUGGCAUCAAUAAUAAGGUCCGUCUACUGAGGACAAUGCUGCGGUGGGAAGAGCAACUGCGCACUGAAGCAAGUCUUGGGCAACCGAAGUAUGACAUGAAGUCUCAUUAUACUGCAGAUUCUAUCAUUCUCAGUGAAGUGGUAAUCAUUUGUUGGCCUCAUGGUGAAAUAAUGAGAUUGAGAACUGGUAGCACUGCUGCAGAUGCUGCUAGAAGAGUAGGUCUGGAAGGCAAGUUGGUUUUGGUGAAUGGUCAGCUUGUAUUACCAAGUACCGAGCUCAGCGAUGGUGAUGUGGUUGAAGUCAGAGUGUAGAUAUACUUCCCUCAAACGCAAUUGAGCAGUGUAGAUAGCAAGGUACAAUUAAAUCCAUUGCCAUCCUAAUUACCACAUCUGAUAGAUACAAGCUAUUCGACGUGCAUACUUCAAUUGUUGUAGUUAGGCCUACCAAAGUGUAAGUGGGCGUUGUAUGUUACAUUGGUGUAAAUAUUGGCAAAUUUCAUUGCAAUUAUAGGCAUUUUGUCUCUGGCUA